AUGGCGCUGCCAGUCCGUCUAGUGCCCCUGUGCUGCUUGGCACUCCUGGUGCUGCCGGCCCAGAGCUGCGGGCCUGGCCGGGGGCCGGUGGGCAGACGUCGCUACGUGCGCAAGCAGCUCGUGCCGCUACUCUACAAGCAAUUUGUGCCCAGCGUUCCCGAGCGGACCCUGGGCGCCAGUGGGCCGGCGGAGGGGAGGGUGGCAAGGGGCUCCGAGCGCUUCCGGGACCUGGUGCCCAACUACAAUCCCGACAUCAUCUUCAAGGAUGAGGAGAACAGUGGCGCAGACCGCCUGAUGACAGAGCGUUGCAAGGAGCGCGUGAACGCCCUGGCCAUCGCCGUGAGGAACAUGUGGCCUGGAGUGCGCCUUCGCGUGACCGAGGGCUGGGACGAGGACGGCCACCACGCGCAGGACUCGCUGCACUACGAAGGCCGCGCCCUGGACAUCACCACGUCGGAUCGCGACCGCAACAAGUACGGCCUGCUGGCGCGCCUGGCGGUGGAAGCCGGCUUCGACUGGGUCCACUACGAAUCCCGCAACCACGUCCACGUGUCGGUCAAAGCCGAUAACUCCCUGGCAGUGCGCGCCGGCGGCUGCUUUCCGGGCAAUGCCACCGUGCGUCUCCGGAGCGGCGAGCGGAAGGGGCUGCGGGAACUGCACGGCGGAGACUGGGUCCUGGCGGCAGACGCGACAGGCCGGGUGGUGCCCACGCCCGUGCUGCUCUUCCUGGACCGGGACUUGCAGCGCCGCGCCUCCUUCGUGGCCGUGGAGACCGAGCGGCCCCCGCGCAAGCUGCUGCUCACGCCCUGGCACCUCGUGUUCGCCGCCCGAGGCCCGGCGCCCGCGCCCGCCGACUUCGCCCCGGUGUUCGCGCGGAGACUCCGCGCGGGGGACUCGGUGCUGGCGCCCGGCGGGGACGCGCUCCGGCCGGCGCGCGUGGCCCGCGUGGCGAGGGAGGAGGCCGUGGGCGUGUUCGCGCCGCUCACCGCGCACGGGACGCUGCUGGUCAACGACGUCCUGGCCUCGUGCUACGCGGUCCUGGAGAGCCACCAGUGGGCGCACCGCGCCUUCGCCCCUUUGCGUCUGCUGCACGCGCUGGGGGCGCUGCUGCCCGGAGGAGCCGCGCAGCCCACGGGCAUGCAUUGGUACUCUCGGCUUCUCUACCGCUUGGCCGAGGAGCUGCUGGGAUGAGCGCUCUGGGCAAGGGACUCCGGGUGCCUGAUGCCGAGGUCUAGCGUGCGCUUAGAGAUCUGGGGGAGAUGGG